UGCAUCUUCAGCAGUUGGUCUGGCGCACAUUGGUGCACGUGCCGCAUUUUCGUUUGCCUGUGCGUUUUUACGUCGAGCGUGGAAGUCAGGCGAAGAUGCUGAUAUAUGUCGCGAGUUCCUUCAGGACGCUCACGAAGCCUUGCAGAGUCUACCAGAAUGUUUGUUAUUCAACGAAGAAGCUGUCUCUCCCGUGUGGAUCGAUACUGUUGAAAGAGUAUCAAUGUUUCUUAAAGCUGUUGUAUCAGGAGGAAGCAAUGAAGGUGGUAUUCUAUACAGAACUUUGGACAAUGUACCCAUAAUGGAUCAACACAUGGCUUUGGGCAUUUUUCUUGAAUUAGCUUUCCAACGAGGAUCAUUAAACCACAUCUUGGAGUCAGUAUUGUUGCUACUCCGUCUGUGGGAUCGUGGGCAAGAUAACGAGAAGAACUCUUCGUGUACCACGGCUCCACUGAAUCCGAUAUUGAAACGUCUCGAACGACUCUCUGAAUCUUACUGCAAAGUAGGCGCUCCACGAAUAUCGGACGAGGCAUCACCUUCGUUUCUUCCAGUAAUCAGUCCAACGGAAUGUUUUCUUCGUUAUGCAUCAUUGCCUGAAGACGAUUUGGAAUUACUCGAUGUUCAACAAGUUGCUGUUACGAUACUUUCAUAUCUUGAUAGCUUUUCAACGUCUCAUUUACCUUCAAAAAAUGUUUCAGGAGUGCAAUCAAAUGGUUCUCAAAACGUGUACAGCUGGGGAUUCGUCGGUGUUUCAAACAAUGGUUGUUCCACGACACCUGUUCAUUCUCGGGCGUUCAUUGAUCUUAAUGUGAAACAAAUCAGUUGUGGUGAAAGAUCGUUUGUUUUACUGACACAUGAUGGCAAGGUGUACUCUCAACUUUAUAAUGCUGAAAAACAGGUUCCUACCUUGCUCGAAUCUCUUGCGGGUAAAGCUGAAAUUAUUAAACUCGCAUCUCAUCCCGACGCAAGGCAUUAUUUGGCUUUGAGCAAAGUAGGUAUGGUCUAUAGUUGGGGGUCUGGAGAAAUCGGAGCACUUGGACUUGGAGAUACUAAUUCUCGAGAAGAACCAACUCUUGUGACUGCUCUGUCUGGUAAAAAUAUCGUUGGAAUAAGCUGUGGAAGUUCGCACAGUGCUGCCAUAUCUGCUGAAGGAAAUUUAUAUACCUGGGGUCGUGGGAAUUAUGGUCGACUCGGCCAUGGCAAUAGUGAAGAUGUGUUGGUCCCAACCCUGGUGAGUGGUCUUAAAGGUCAUCAUGUUGUUGAUGUUGCUUGUGGUAGUGGCGAUGCCCAGACAUUAGCUGUCACGAAAGAUGGUAAGGUAUGGUCGUGGGGUGAUGGUGACUAUGGUAAACUUGGAAGAGGCGGAAGUGAUAGUUGCAAAUCGCCGAAAUUAGUUGAUAAAUUCCAGACUGAACAUGUUGUUAAAGUUCUUUGCGGUGGUCAAGUUUCUCUCGUUCUUACUAAAGAAGGAAAUAUAUGGACCUGGGGAAAAGGUGAUGAUUUUAGGCUUGGACAUGGCUCUGAUGAACACUGCCGUUUUCCCAAAGUGAUCGAAGCGUUGCGAGGAAAGGAGGUCGUUGAUAUUUCCUUGGGUUCAGUUCAUUGUCUUGCAUUGACAGGUGAAGGCAAGGUGUAUGCCUGGGGUGGGAAUGAUAAAGGACAACUGGGGAUAUCAAGCUCAGAGGCGAAAGAUACUCCUACUGAAGUACAAGCAAGUGAAGGAACAUUGUUUCAAUAUGUUGCCUGUGGUCCAGCUCAGAGUUUCGCAUGGUCAAGUGGGAAGAACACCUGCGCUGGUCUCAAAGCUCCAUAUGUUGUCGAUGUUACAAAAACGACUUUUGAGCAUCUGGAUGCUUUGUUGCGAAGAGUGAGCGAGGAUUUAGAUGGCACACGAGAUUGGCCACCACCCGCUCAGGAGAAAGAAUGUAUCGCCGUUGCCGCAUUGAAUCUUUUGCGACUACAGUUUCAUACAGCUAUUCGUGAAGGUGUGAGUGGUGAUGAACUUGGUCUUGGUGCUGGCAGUAAACUUCUUCAGUCUUUAAGACAGCAAGUUGUCAUGUUAGCUGUAAGUAAAGGUGUUUUGAGUACUGUCAAAGAUGCUGCCAAGGGAACGUUAAACAGUGGAUGGUCAUUACUUCUACCGACUACGGAGGAAAGAGCUAAGACAUUAUCAGAACUACUUGCUGAGAAACUUGGUUCCAGUGAUAACACAGAUACAGGCUCUGGUCGUGAUUUCAUGAUAGAUCUUCUCAUUCAAAGUCUCAUGGUUGAGGGCAAUUUGGAAAGAGCUUUUCAAAAUGCCGUAAAAAGCGAAUUGUCCCAGGACAAAAACGACAACCCUGGUGGUAUUUCAGACAUAUCGAACAGUACGCCUUUAUUACAAUUGGCGCGUGAACUUCUCAGGACCUGUGUCGACAAAUGCUUAUCCCGUUUUCAUGCGAAUAAAACGCGAUCCGAUGCGCCAGUUGAGGACAAUAAGACAAGAAAUCGUAAUGCAAUUAUGGAGUUGUUGUUAAAACUGCAAAGAUUAUUUGUUGGCUGCAUUUUAACGAUCUUCAUGACGGAUCGUGAAUCAAACGGCGGUGAUAAAGAACUUCAGGACGAGCAACUUCGAGGCUCGUUUAGUCUUCUUAACAAGUACAUCCAGCUAUUGUGUUGUCAUGUCACUCAAGUUUUAGUUCAAGCUCACAACUAUGCAAAUACUGCAAAUCUUCUUCCACACAUCUCUCAUAUCAUGGAACAAGAAGUGCCUGCCGUAUUACUCCCCGAGUUUAUAACAUCACUCUUACUACUUCACACACAUAUUGGUAGAAGAACUGGACUUUCCUCCGUAUUCCCUGUUUUACGGGAUCUCCUGGAGUUGUUAGAUAAAUUUAAUAAAUUGGUACCAAACAUAGCCCUGGAAGACGGUGAAGACUUGGCUUGGCCAGGCGGUCUAGGGAGUUCAUCGUCAAUGAGUUUCGACAAUUCUGCCGAAGUUGUGAUUGAAAAAGCUGAUCUGGAAAAUCACAAUAAAGAAGGUGGAAUGUGGGUUGUUAUUCAUGGCAAAGUUUUUGAUUUACAAGAAUUCAAAGAUCAAGCACCGUGUGGAAAAGAACUUUUAUCCAAAUAUGCAGCUCAAGACGCUACAGAAGCAUUUGAAGCAGCCAGUCACUCGAGUGAAGCAAGAGACAUGAUGCAGGCAUUUUGUGUUGGUGUUUACAUGGAGGAAGAACAAGCCCAAUGUGAUGUAGCACCAUCAGUAUUGGCACCAUUACUAGACACAGAACGUUCACUUGCCUUUCUUCUUGGUCACCAUGCCCACCUACUGUGCCAGGGAAUAGCAAUGACUGCUGAUGAAGAAGAUUGUGAUCCAUGGUUGACAAGUGAUUUCUUCGCUGGAGGUCUAGAGACAUGUUAUGCAGUCCCACAAGCAAAAGACAAGAAAAAUGAGGGCGGACAGAAGAGUUUCCAGAAAAUUCUCAAGAGAACUCAUCGUGACGGUGCGCAUGCUCCACAUUCUGAUGCCGUUAAAAUGUUCAUAACGAACCUGUCUGAAAACUUCAAAGACAACAGCGUUGAGAAGUUUCUUUCGUUGGUGAAACGCUGUUGUCAUGUAAAGAAAAUAAUAAUGCCACUUGAAUUUCCUGCUGAUCAUCCUAUCGAACAAUUUGGACGGUUGUUCCUUGCUUGCUUGUUAAAACAUCAGGAACUUGUUCCUAUGGCGCUAUCGUUGAUUGAACAUGAAGACCUGGAUAAAUUACCCGAUGGUGAAUUGUCGUCAUCUACAGAACACAGUCAUUAUCCAGCAUCCUUAGUGCAAGUCUUAAGAGUUACUCAUCAAGCCAAAUGUAAUCUUAUUAAGUCUCAUCAAGAAUCCUUCCGAUCGUAUGAAGAAGUGUGUAUUCCCGCGCUGGAGAGAUGUCAUUUCCUGCUUCAAAUACUACGACCUGCCGUGUCGGGUGAAUUGGCAGCUUUAUCUAAACUCAGGCUACUCAAUAUGAUUCCUCGAUGGAAACGUUUGGUGUCUCAAGUGAUUCAAGAAAACAGGAAAUCUAAGGAAGGUGAAAAAGGAAGUGUGCAAGGUCGAGAAAGUCAGGAGAUGGAAAGAGACGAGGAUUUCAGUGUUGAACGCGUUGCACUAAGGUUGGCAGUGCUGGAGGAGUCUAAACAAGAGCAAGAGGCCUCAUUGACGGUCCCGACGGCAGCUCUGACAAAUAUCAAGAAAUUCAAAUGGCUUCGCGAACGCGUGACAAACAGUUCUUCUGCCACAGUAUUGAUGAAUCAUAUUAAAGAUUUUGUUUUAAAGGAAGAGAAAAUAAACCUCGAGAAGAUCAUGAAUGCAAUGGAGUGUCAGGUGAAAAGAGCACGGCUUCGUUUGGAAGGAACUCACUUUUUGUUGUCACUGAUAAAUAAAGGCUUACUUGAUUCUGUCAAAUACGCCAUUUUAUGCGGGUGGCAGGGAUUGUCAACGAAUACUUUAAAAAGAAG